CAAACUUACAAAAUGUUUGAAGUUGUAAUUUACAAUGAAGUGUAAACAAUUCUUUAGAGGUUACGGGUUGAUAAGCGGAUGGAUUUUAGUUUUUAAGUUAAGUGUCACAACAGGCUUUGUCACCGAAACGGAUCAAGUUCAAAUUUCCGAAUUAAAUCAAACGAAUGCUGUUGCCGCAGAGAAGAAGAAAUGCCUAGAAUAUCAGCCUGCUGUGUCUCGUUUAACGGGCCUGUACUGUAACCAAACAUUUGAUACCAUCGCCUGUUGGCCUAUUACUCCAGCCGGGACAACUCAAUAUCUACCUUGUCCGAACUAUAUACAAGGGUUUUACACAAGAGGAAAUGCCACACGACAGUGCAUGCCUGAAGGGAGAUGGUUCUUUAACCCUGAUACAAACAACACGUGGACUGAUUAUAGACAGUGCUUUAAACCCAUACCUACCCAACAAACGAUUUCUCCCUUAUAUACGGUUCACAUAACCCACAUUCGUGUGAUGUCUACCACAGGGUAUGGGAUUUCUUUCUGCUCCCUCUUACUUGCCGUAUUCAUCAUGCUUUAUUUCAAACGUCUUCAUUGUCCUCGCAAUACGGUUCAUUUGAAUAUGUUCUUCUCGUUCAUUCUGCGGGCGAUACUGACUUUUCUAAAGGACAUUCUUUGGGUUCAAGGACUUGGGUUCCCUUUUGACCUUGAGACCACGGCGAAUAAUGAGAUUGUCUUCAGAGAAGACCGAGUGCAUUGGGAAUGCAAGCUUCUUAUUACUCUAUUCCACUACGUCCUUUCGGCGAACUACAUGUGGAUCUUGGUGGAAGGCCUGUAUCUACACACCCUCGUCUACGUGUCUGUCUUUUCCGAGAGGGGUAACGUUAAGUGGUACUACGUGCUCGGAUGGGGAACACCAUUGCUCAGUAUACUGCCUUGGGUGGUAGUGCGUCUAGUGUUAGAAAAUAUAUUAUGUUGGAAUACGAAUCCAACUCAAGGGUAUUUCUGGAUAUUAAAGGGACCAAUAUGGCUCAGCAUUGUGAUAAAUUUCAUCUUUUUCAUUAACAUAUUACGGGCGUUGUUCUACAAGCUACAUAAGCUUAGCACAUCAUCAGCACGACGAAACAGAUAUCGGCGUUUAGCAAAGGCUACGUUGAUACUGAUACCGCUGUUUGGUGUCCAUUACAUUGUGUUCAUGGGCGUUAACGAAAAUGUGAACCCCGCAGCAGAAGUAGUCAAAUUAUAUAUAGAAAUGUUCUUCAACUCUUUUCAGGGAUUUCUUGUAGCAGUUCUAUUCUGCUUUUUAAAUAAAGAGGUCCAGAUGGAGCUCAGAAAGACCUGGUACCGAUUGUGCCAACGGCCGGACCCAGUCUAUAUCCAACAGAGGCAGUAUUUAGUGGACGCUAAUUGGCAGCGGCGGCAAAUAAACUCCCGGAACUCCCUGAACACCAGGAGCCGCGUGUCUGAGAAUCAGCCGCCGUCGUCGGAUGGUUCAACUGACACCGCCGGCUGUCUAUGUAAAUGGACGCUCAAUAAGAACGGCAAAUUAACGCGCACGGUUGUGAACGCGAGUUCAUUAAAACGGAACAAGUCGAAACAUGUUCAGAAAAAUAACAAUGAAUCGCGGCUAUAAUUGUAAUACAGCAAAGUGUAACUUGGUUUUGAUGGCGGUUACCAUAGGAGGAGUCGGUUGUUGAUAUCUUGACGGGGUCCGAGAGCAAGUCAAGAAAGAUAACGGUAAACAAGAUAUAUCAACGUGUCUUUAAUAGAGAAUACGUGGCCAUCGUUAAUCUAAAAAGUGGAUCCUGAUGAAUGGGAUGUUUAUUUCAUAAGCAGCUCAAAACAGAGUACAUAAGUGAGAGGAAGUUUUUUACACAUAAUUAAUUUCUUACUGACUUUUAUUGGGAUCUGUAUGAGAAGUGACUUUAGAAAAUGUCAGGAUGUUUAAAGAACGUCGUCAAUGUAGAUUUUAUUAUAAAAAAUACUGCGUUUGUUUACUAUGAUUUCUUAUAAACGUAGAGUUGAAUGUAA